GGAGCUUCAUUUGUCAUUUCGCCUUCCUCGCAACAUUAUAUCAAGAAUUUUUAACACAAAUAAAAAUAAAAAAUUGUUUACUUAGAUAUUAUUGAUUUAUCGUUUUUGAUAUGAAAAAGAAAAUUCUGGUUUUUUUACUUUGAACUAUAAUUAAAAAGUGAAAAAGAAGCAUUUUUUAAUGCUCCCGGGUUAUUGUGACAGUGGUUAAAGAAGUGUGCGUGGGGGAUUUCCGUUUUGUUACUGCGUGCGGCGAGGUCAGAGAAGACUGGCUCAGCGUUCGUCGUCGUCGCUGGUGCUGCUGUGCUACUGCUGCUGCUUGUUGAAAAACACACGAUGAAAAUGGCGUGGACACCGCAAGAGGAAGGUCUUAGACAAAUUUUGACGCUACUCAGAGAGUCUCAAAGUCCAAAUACCGAGACUCAACGUGCUGUUCAGCAAAAACUCGAAGAGCUGAACAAAUUUCCAGACUUCAACAGUUAUCUUAUAUUUGUCUUGACGCAAUUAAAGACUGAAGAUGAACCAACAAGAUCUCUCAGUGGUUUAAUAUUAAAGAACAAUGUGAAAGCGCAUUACCACAAAUUCCAUCCGGAAGUGACAAGUUUUAUAAAACAAGAAUGUUUAUCGGCCGUGGGAGAUCCAUCACCUUUAAUUCGAGCCACUGUCGGUAUUUUGAUAACAACACUCGCAUCAAAAGGUGAUCUAACAUCAUGGCCGGAAUUACUUCCGGCAUUGUGCACCAUGCUUGAUUCACCGGACUAUAAUGUUUGUGAGGGAUCAUUUGGAGCGCUUCAAAAAAUUUGCGAGGACUCUGCCGAGAUUCUUGAUUCUGAUGCAUUAAAUCGUCCACUUAAUGUGUUAAUCCCGAGGUUUUUGCAGUUCUUCCGACAUAGUAGCGCAAAAAUACGAUCGCACGCAAUCGCUUGUGUCAAUCAAUUUAUUAUUCAUCGUGCCCAACCAUUAAUGAUUCACAUAGACAGUUUCAUUGAAAAUCUCUUCCAUUUGGCGACUGAUGAUGAUCCCGAUGUUAGGAAAAAUGUCUGCAGAGCUCUUGUUAUGUUAUUGGAAGUGCGGAUGGAUCGUUUGAUUCCCCAUAUGCACAGUAUAAUUGAAUAUAUGUUGAUGCGCACACAAGAUCUUGAUGAGAAUGUUGCGCUCGAGGCUUGUGAAUUUUGGCUUUCAUUGGCAGAGCAGCCAAUAUGUAAAAGUGCCCUUGCACCACAUUUAAAUACAUUGAUACCAAUACUUGUGAAGGGAAUGAAAUAUUCGGAAAUUGAUAUUAUUCUAUUGAAGGGCGAUGUGGAGGAAGAUGAAAUGAUACCCGACAAAGAAGAGGAUAUAAGACCACGUUUUCAUAAAUCAAAAACACAUCAUACACAUCAUGCGACAAUGAAUAAGCACAGUGAUGAAAAUGGUGGUUGUGGUGAUGAUAAAUAUUUGGAUAUGGAAGAUGGUAGUGACGAUGAAUCAACACUUGAAUGGAAUUUAAGAAAAUGUUCAGCGGCCGCUUUAGAUAUUAUUGCAAGUGUAUUUCGCGAUGAAUUAUUACCAGUUUUGGUGCCAAUUCUUAAAGAGACAUUAUUUCAUCAAGAAUGGGAAAUUAAAGAAUCGGGUAUACUUGCACUUGGGGCAAUUGCCGAGGGUUGUAUGGUGGGAAUGAUGCAACACUUACCUGAAUUAAUACCCUAUUUGAUUGUUAGUUUGAGUGAUAAAAAAGCGUUGGUACGUUCAAUUACAUGUUGGACAUUGAGUCGUUAUGCACAUUGGGUAUGUUCACAACCACACGAUACAUAUUUAAAACCAUUAAUGACGGAAUUAUUGAAACGCAUUCUUGAUGGUAAUAAACGUGUUCAAGAGGCUGCAUGCUCUGCAUUUGCAACUCUUGAGGAAGAAGCUUGCACUGAACUUGUUCCAUAUCUUGGUUUUAUUCUUGAGACACUUGUUUUUGCCUUUAGCAAAUAUCAACAUAAGAAUUUGUUGAUUCUUUAUGAUGCCAUUGGAACGUUGGCCGAUUCUGUUGGUUAUCAUUUAAAUAAACCGGACUAUAUUAAUUUGUUAAUGCCACCAUUGAUCAAUAAAUGGAAUGUCUUGAAAGACGAGGAUAAGGAUUUAUUUCCAUUGCUCGAGUGUCUUUCGUCCGUUGCCACGGCUUUACAAUCGGGAUUUUUACCUUAUUGUGAACCAGUUUACAGGAGAUGCGUUUCACUUGUGGAGCAAACAUUGAAUCAACAUAUUGCAAAUACACAGAGUCCUGAACAAUUUGAUGCGCCAGAUAAAGAUUUUAUGAUUGUUGCUUUGGAUCUUUUGAGUGGUUUAGCGGAAGGAUUGAAUGGUCAUAUGGAACGUUUGGUUGUCAACAGUAAUAUUAUGCAAUUAUUAUAUCAAUGUAUGCAAGAUCCAAUGCCUGAAGUUCGACAAAGUAGCUUUGCUCUAUUGGGUGAUCUUACUAAAGCUUGCUUCCAACAUGUUUUACCAUGUAUUCCCGAUUUCAUGCCAAUUCUUGGGCAAAAUCUCAAUCCAGAAUUCAUCUCUGUGUGCAAUAAUGCAACGUGGGCUAUUGGAGAAAUUUCUAUAAAACUUGGUCCAGAUACAAGUGCAUACAUUCCGAUUAUUCUCAGUCAACUAAUCGAUAUAAUUAAUCGUCAAAACACGCCAAAAACAUUGCUAGAAAAUACGGCCAUAACGAUCGGUCGCCUAGGUUAUGUGUGUCCCCACGACGUCGCCCCCAUGUUACAGCAGUUUGUUCGACAGUGGUGUUCAUCGUUGAGAAAUAUUCGAGACAAUGAGGAGAAGGGUUCAGCAUUCAGAGGCAUGUGUCAGAUGAUAAAUGUCAAUCCAGCUGGUGUUGUCAAUGAUUUCAUAUUUUUCUGUGACGCUGUUGCUUCCUGGACGAAUCCUUUUGAGGAUCUUAAAGACAUGUUUAGCAAGAUUUUACAUGGAUUCAAACAACAAGUUGGCACUGAAAAUUGGACUCGAUUUUGCGAGCAAUUCCCACCGCAGCUUCUUGAGCGGCUGCACAAUGUAUAUGGCGUUUGAGCGGCCCCGCUUACUUACGACGGCCGCUUAAUGGGGCAGGCUGGAUGGGGUCGGGCGGGAAACAGUAAACUGGGUGGACAGGGUGGGUGGGUGAAACCACGGCCUCUUCUUCGAAACGUCGUCGUCGCCGCCGUUAUCGCAUCAUGGCCACCGUCGACGUCGUCGUCAAAACAGUCUUCAUCCCUGGGGGAAGCAGCUUUCAUCUUAGUAUGCGUUUUUAAAUAAAUUUAAAACAGAAAGAAAAAAAAGACACGAAAGCUGCAAUAAAUAAAAGAGAUUUCAUUUAUCUCAUAAACAAAAAGCAGGGAAUUUAAGAGAAAAAAUGCGACUAAAUAAAUGAAAACAAAAAUAAAAUACAUAAGAUUAUAAAAUAUCAUCAUUGUGCUGGCCGAGAAGAAAUGGGAGGGAAAAAUAAGAUUUAAAAACAAAAACUUAUAAAAAAUGCAAUUGGGAGGGUGAAAAAUGGGUGGGAUAUGUGGGUUUUUAUUUCGAGUCGAAGAAAUAAAAAAAAUUUUUUUUUUAUUUUUGUCGGAAACAAAAGAAAAUUUUUUGUUUUUGUUUUUGUCUCAAACAAAAAAAAAUUUUUUUUUAAAGGUAUUGAUUAUUAAAUGAAACAUAAGAAAAACGACAUGAUACCUUGAAUAAAGAAAAAUCAAGCAGCGUAACGAAUUAGAGAAUAAAUUUUUAACACUUUGUAUUUAAGUGUUUCUUGCGAAUCACAGAAUAUGUUUUAUUUCUGUACUAUAUUAUUAAUAUCGAGAGGAAAAUUUCACGUCACGAUAAAUGACAAAGCAUUAUAGCAUAGGCUGCUAUCGUCUUUUUUUCUAAGACUAGAUUUAUUGUCUUAGAAAAAAAGUUAUCAAUUUUUGUAGAUUUCACGUUGUUAGAAUACAAUAAGUCCCCCAGUGUUCGUAUAAUGAAAUGACAUUUUUUUGGUUAUUAUUAAUCAAUGGACAAUUUUCUAAUUUGUUUCUUUUUUAAAUUUAUUGUAUUUUUUUUUUUGUUAAAUUUUUUAUUUUUUGUUAAACAUUUAGAAAAAAUUUGUAAAAGAAUUUUUUUGUUUUAUUUUUUAAUCGACGUAAAAUUAUAAUAUUGACAUGAAUAGUCCAUUUUUUUUGUUAUUCAUUUGGCUCAGUUCUUUUUGUUUUGUUUUUUUUAAGUAUUUAAAUAAUUUUUGACUGAGAGAAUAGUUUCUGAUUAAGUAGUUUAAAUGGAAAAAAUCUUCUAGUUGCUAGAAUAUUUAUAUGUAUAUAUACAUAUGAAAAAGGGUUUUCGUCAUCAAUGCAAGUAUUUUUAUAGAUUAAUCAAACAAAAUGGUAAAAAAAAUGGAAAAAUAAAACAAUAACCCAUAUUAUAAACGCAUGAAAGUGCCAUUCCGUUCCAAAAUUUUUCACUCCGCUUAUUGUGAUACUAGGUUACUUGUGAUUCUGCUAAUAUUGUGUGAUGAAAUUUAUUUCUCAAGUGUGCAAGAGAGGGACAAAGUUUUUUUUUCUUUUUUUUUUUAAACUUUGUAAUCACUUUUUUUUAAACUUAAGUGUGCAUUGAAAAAGUGCACAGAAAUCUUAUUAAUUAUUGCUAGUAUAAUUAUUGAUACUAUAAUUGUAAAUAGGAAAGAGUAAUAGAUUUUUUUUUUCUUUUGUAUUAGGACAAUCGUUUUUUGUUGUACUAGAUACAUUAAAAUUUUUAAUUAUCACACAAAUACACACUCAUGCAUAUACACACAUUUAUUUAUUUAUUAAAUAAUUAUUAAUUAUUUGUCUUAUUUUUGAAAACAAAUGAAAAAAUCAGUUAUGAACUAGAGUUUAUAUAUAAAUAAUAAAUAUUAGUUCUGAGCCAAUAAUUAAUUAUAUAUUUAAAAAAAUUGAACGAUAAAAAGUCACUGUAUGUUGGCUUUUGUUUCUACCCACGUGAAAUCUACAAUAAGAAUAACAAGAAAAAUCUUAUUUAAUAUCUUGAGAUUUUUUCUUCGUUUGUAUAAUUAAAAAAGAAAAAGAAAAAUUAAAGGAAACAAAAUUUUUAAAAAAUUUAAUAAGUUACUGCAAAAAUCAAAGCAUCAAAAAAGAUGAAAAAAAAGAAAAAAGUUUAUUGAAUAUUUAUCAGAAGUCUAUUUUUCUUUUUUUCCUUUAGUUGAAAACAAAAAAUAAUUAUCGACGAUUAUUUUGUAUUUUUGAUUCAAGGCGCGGAUUGUUUCCUUUUUUUCUUUUUUUUAUUUCCUUACAUAUAAUAUGUUUUGACUCUGAUACGUAGAAAAAAACAAAAAAGAGCUCAACAUUGAAAGAAAAAAAAAGUUUGGAAUAUUGUAUUAUUGUAUAGCGUAAUGGAUGGUCAAUCAUUGAGAGUUGUGUAAUAGAAUGGAAAAAUCAUUUUCCAACAAGAAAUAUUGAAAUAAAUAAUAAAGUCAGCCAGUGGAAAUGACUAGCGCCCAUCGAGUCAGACGCUCGACUAUAGAAAAAAAAAACAAAUUGAAAAUGGUAUUCGUUAAUCUCGCCUUAAUAAUUUUUUAUUUAAUAUAUAAAAAAAAAUUUAAUUUAGAAAAAAGAUUCUUAUUUGAACAAAAAUUAAUGAAUUAUUUAAUUAUUAUACAUUAUAUUCAUUUAUUGAUUAAUUAACUAUUAAUCAAUAAUUUGUUAAUUGAAGUAUUAAUAAUUAAUCAUUUGUUAGUCUAAUUAAUUAAUCCAUUAAUUAUUAACUAACUAUUACUUAUUAAUUAAUUAAUAGUAACAAUAAUAAUUAAAGAAAAAUCAAAUUUUUACUUGAAUUUUUAAAAGAAUCAUUAAAAAUUCCCCGUUUGUAUUUUUUCUAAACUGAAAAAAGAAAAUUGAAAUUCUUUGUGAAAUACGUGAAAAAAAAUUCAUUUUGUGUAUUUUUUUAUACUUUAAACAUUUUUCCAUAAUUUUUUACUUUUUCCAAUUAUUAGCUAAUUUUUUAUAUUUCUUUUACAAUUUCUAGUUUUUCAAAUUUUUAAGUCAAACAAAUAUUUUUCAGGUUUUCCUAUUUUUUUUAUCUCACGUUUUAUAACUUUUCGUUUUUUUGAAAUAUUUAAUUUAUGUAAAAAAAAGAAAAGAAACGUAUUUUGCAUGCUAUUUUUCUUUAUAUUUUUAAGUAAAAUUUUUGGUAUGUUAUUUUCAUUUUUUUCUUCUAUUUUUAAUUAUUUCAAAUUUAAUAGAGAAUAAUAAUAAAUUUAAAUUUUCGAAAUCAAAAAAAAUUUUAAUUAAUGAAAUUAUUAACCAUUAUUUUUUAACUUUUCAAAAUUUAUUCAAUUUUUUACAUCUUUUGUCAUUUUUUUAUUUAAAAAAUCUUACAAAUUGUUUUUCCAGAAUUUUUAAUGAUUUAAGAAAUUGGAAAUUAAAAAAAAAAUCAAAUGCUCAUUUUUUUCUCUUUACUUUUUUGUGACGAGAUUUUUUAUGUACCAUUUUCUCUUGCGUCGCGCAAGAGCGAGAAAGACUUCGGGACAGAUAAAGAGACAAAACAAAAAAAAAAGAAGACGAUAAUGAUGAUUGGAUGAUUGUGAGUGUGAAUGAUGAAUAAUUAAUAUGCGUAUAUAUGUCUUAUAUGCAAAAUCGUGUCCGCUCCCGACUUAAUCCAACGUAUUUUUGAUCAAUAUUUUUUAAUAAUAUUGUCGAAAAAUCCCAAUUUGGUCCUUUCCCUUGCUCUGCCUGCGCUAAUUUUUGUGAUAUUACUGUCUUUAUAAAUAUUAUAAACGUGAAAUGAGAAAAAAACCACACACACAAAGAAAAAAAGGGGAUUUUUUUCCAUCGGUUCGAAAACCAAAAAGAAAAAGUAAAACAUAAGCCACAUGUUUCCAAUAUUUUUUCUCGCGCGUCGUGAUUAAUAAUGUAGCUUGCUGAACAAAAAAAACAAAAAAUUGAGAAUGAUAAGUGUCCGUUUUAAAGACUUUUUUUUUAACAAUUAAGAGAAUUUAACUUCUAGUCGUUUAAUCAACAAUAAUAAUGAUAGUGUUAAUUAAUUUUGGCUAGUGAAAUCAAUUUUUUUUCCUAACACACAAAUGGGGUACAAGUUUUUUGAGGGAGAAAAGAUAUUUUGUGAGAGAAAAAUAAAUUGUAAAAUAAUUUUUUUAUAUUUUUUUCAACGUUUAUCCUCUUAUCUUACUAAUAUUGCAUUUAAUAUAUAGAUAAAUGUUGAGUUAUUUUUAGUUUUCAUUGUUUUCAUCUAGUUUCUUUUUUUUUUUUUUUUUAAUUUUAUUAUUCAACUGAAAACAUUCUCCGAGAUAAAAAAAAAAGCUUGCGGCAUUAUUAUCGUGCGACAAUUUUAGUGAAAUUCUUAGUUUAAUGUGAUUUCGUUUUAUUUUUUUUGUAUUUUUAAAUAUUUUCUUUUUUCUAUUGUUGUUACUUUUCCUGUUUAUUUUCUUUUUCUCUUUCUUUUUUUGUAUCUUAUUGUUUAUUUAUUAAUUUUUUUCUCUUAUUUUAUUCUUAUUUUUGAUAUUACUACUUUGUGUAUAUAUGUAUUUUUUGUUUCAUUAUUUAUUAGUUUUUCUUUAUUUCAAUUUUUUAAUUUCUUUUUUUUCCUCUUUUGUUUUAUCUUGAACGUUCGAUUCGAUUUUAUUAGUUUUUAUCUUUUCAAAUACAUAAUGUAUAUAAAAAAUUAGACUCAUAUAACAAAAUAGAAUUGUUGUACAUUAUAUAAGAUGAUUUAUUUAUUUAUUUUUUUUUUUUAAGUAGAAACACGCGCGAAGAAAAAUGCGCAUUUGUGAUAAUAAUUGAUUACAUCGAGUUUGUAUUAUAUUAUAUACUUUGAAUAGUUCCUAAGUGUCACGAUGUAAUAAUGCUUUUCAGUGUUUUUUCCAUAUACGCGUAUAAUAUUUGUAUUUGAAUAUAUAAUCUCGAAUUUAUAUAUAAAUAUAAAUAUAAAUAUAUAUAUAUAUAUAAAUUCGGUAAUAAAACAAUGGAUUCGAACACAUAUAUAAAUUUUUUUUAGAAAUUCCAUUCGUAUUUUCAUACCGUGUGUACUAUUGUAAAUAAUAAUAAUAAUAAUAUUGUAAUGAGAGGAGCGUUUAUACUUGCUGAGACAAAAAAAAACAAAA